CCUUAAACAUGGACGUUUUCAACUUAUUAUUUGAAUUACUUAUCUUUAAAUUGUACCUUUAUUAUAAGAAUCCCCUAUCCGUCUCUAUAAACGUGACUCCAGCUCCACUAAAUGAGGUUUUGACAGUAAUAAGUGAGGAUGAUGAUGAGGAAAUGGUUGUCUUUCUUGCAGCCACAGCGCCCCCUGCUGUACCACAGACACAUUGCGACCCUGUGAGCUAAUGUGAAAAGCGCUUACACUGCAGUGCCUCUGUGCUCAAUGAGUCAGCGUCACAGCGGCAGGUCAAUGAUCUGUUCAUCAUCAAUGCAAUAAUUGUCUGCUCGAGAGGACCCGUAAGGAAAGAAACAAGGUGCACUCUGCCACAUUGAAUUUUCCAUUUGGAGGUAAUUUGUGCGUAAAAGAGUCAUGGAUCAGUUUCAUGGGUUAUUUGUUAAACUAGACAAAAACAAUGAUGGGCUCAUAUCGGUGUCGGAGCUGCACAGUGAAAUGAGAAAGCAUGGGGUCCAGUCAGCGGAUGGUAAGGUCCAGACUAUCAUUGACUCCUAUGACAAAGACAAAGAUGGCCUGUUGGAUUAUAAAGAGUUUCUCAGCUACAUGAUGGACCGAGAGAGGAAAUGGAAAAUUUACUUCCAUGAGCUUGACAAGAACAAGUGUGGAGUGAUUGACCAGGAGGACAUCAUAAGUUUGUUUAAGGAGUUAGGAGUGGUCAUAUCAAAGCCGAAUGCAAAUCAAAUUAUUCAAAUGAUGGACAAGGACAGCUCGAUGACGGUGGACUGGAGUGAAUUCCUGCACCACGUCAUCCUGAACCCCGUGGACAACAUCGGGGAGCUUGUGUCAUCGUGGAAACACAGUCUGGUUUUUGAUGUGGGUGAGAGCCGUGCGAUGCCCAUUGAGUUCCCUGAGGAGGCGUCUGGUUUUGGUGCAUGGAGGACGUUUGUUCUUGCAGCAGGAUUGGCAGAUGCUGUGUCCAGGAGUGUGACAGCACCGAUAGACCGUCUUAAGACACAACUUCAGGUUUAUGGAUCCAAGGCGUUCUCUCAAGGCUUUCAGGAGAUGAAGGCGGGUGGUCUGCGUUCAAUGUGGCAAGGUAACGCCGUCAAUGUUCUGAAAGGAACACCUCAGUCCACGCUGCAAUGUCUGAUCUAUGCUCAGAUGAAGGUGUACACCCAGAACAGAACUCAGGAGACUCUGACGGUGCAGCAGCGGUUCGGUUUGGGUUGUGUGUCUGGUGCUGUUACUCACGCUGCCUUCUACCCUUUAGAGGUGCUGAAGGUAAGGUUGAACUUACAGCAAGCUGGCACCUACAACGGUGUUGUGGCAUGUGCGCGAUCUAUAUACAGACAUGAGUCCAUAUCCUCCUUUUAUAGAGGAUUCAAGCCCAGCAUCCUCUGCAUGAUUCCUUACGCAGGUGUGGAGUGUGCGGUUCAUCAGUCUAUCAUGAGCUGGGCAAAGAGCGAUCCGGCCUACAACAGUGACUCCAAACUGUUUUUCUUCAGCUUCGUAGCCUUUGCUUCUGGACAGAUGACCAGUUACCCGCUGGCAGUGAUCCGGACUCAGCAACAAGCUCAAGCUUUCUGCCCAGAAUCACGGCCAGCUUCAGGGGUAUUACAAGGACUUGUGGGGAUAUAUGAAAGAAGUGGAAUUAAAGGAUAUUAUAACGGGAUGGGAGCCAGCUUCGUCAGGGCAAUUCCAUGUGCUCUGAUUAACUACACUCUAACUAGAACAUUUGAAAAUUGGUUUUCUUCCAUGGAGUCUUGAGAUGAAGUAAAUGCCUCUUUUCUCUUUGUGCAGAACUUUUGUUUUCAAACUUUUUUUUCAGGAAUGAAUCUGGAAAAUUGAAAAAAGUGUUUUGAUUGACCCUCCCAAAUUAAGCAGAAACCUUUGAACUGGUUGAAAAUGCCAGGAUGAGGCCUGUCAGACAAACAUCAUGCAAGUUUGGCUCAACCAUUGUCUUGGACAAUGAGCAAGAGAAUAAAGCAUGAAGUACUUCUUACCCACUGGAGACUGGUCUUUGUUAAUAAGGGUGAGUCUAAAUGUGAAAGAGCAAUAAAAUGUCAUGUCAUUAAA